UCUCGGUAUCGCCACACUUCGCAUCAUUACCACCGUAACGUGCGAGCCACUCAAUCCCCCGCUUGUUUCUCGUCACCCGAGACUAACGCUCGAAGAAUUCGAAUUCCGAGGAGACGCGAGAACACGAUGUACGCUAAACGUUGCGCAGCUUUCCUUCUUUUCGUCGUGAUAGUCGGUCUCGUAGACGCCACCGAAAAUUACAUGGAUUACGGAGAAGAGAUGGCGGAGAAAAUGCCCGCGGACAACAUCCACGAACUGUACAGGCUCCUGCUGCAACGUAACGCGUAUGACAAUGGCUUCGGCGGCAUCCCGCUGGAGCAUCUGAUGAUUCGGAAGUCGCAGCGAUCGCCGUCGCUACGUCUUCGAUUCGGUCGUUCUGGGCCCCACGCGGGAGCUCUGCCGAGACCCCUGGCUGCGGCGGGAUACGACGACAACAAUUAAUCGGUGGAGCUGAUUUCCAGGAACAUCUUUCCGAUUUGUUUCUUGAUGAAAACGCGCGACUACCCUCUCUUGUACAAUAUUAAUUAUCUAAUUCAUCAUCAUCGCGUGCUCUGUCUUGCGCGUGUUUCCUAGAUCCUGGGGGGAG